AUGUCUGAAGCAACUCAGGAAUCUUCACCUUGUAAGUCGGUCCCAACUUUUUUUGCAAAUAUCUACCAUAUCUAUAGCAAUCCAAUAAAAAUUUUUAGCCCUGAUAUCCAAUUUGAUUGGAAUUAUCGUCGCCAUUUUUGAGUUCGUGGCCAGUAUCAUUCGAUCCUUUACCGGGUCCGCAGCAGCCCCCGAACCCACCCCGCCAACCAAUCAAACCCAGUUUGCCAAGUCCAGAGAUCCCAAUUAUCAGACGUUGGCCUUCAUGUCUAAUCAAGAGCCGUUCGGUAAAGACAGGAAAGUCAAAUAA